AUAAACACGUCUUCAUGGGCUGCUCCGUGCUCCACUUCCCGGUUUUCUUUCCCUCAGGACUUUACCCGGUUAGGACUUCACCUUCUGCAUGGUAGGAACAACACCUUUUUCCCAGUGAAGAGCAGGCCUACACAAAACCAACAGAAAAGUCAACAGCCAGCUGUGCUUGGUUGUGUCGUUGAGUGGAAGUGAGUCAACCGACUCCCACUGGUGUGAAAACCUUCCUUCCUCCGAGGCUGGCCACAGUCUUCCACAAUGCUGCAUCUGGCGGGAGACUACGUGUGGCUGGACUCAGGGACCGGUGUCCCGAUCGGGGCCCGGGUCAAAGAGUCGGAGAAGGGGAAGCUCCAGCUGGUGGACGAUGAGGGGAAGGUGCACAAGGUGGGCACCAAGGAGCAGGCCGCCCUGCGCCCCAUGCACCCCACCUCGGUGGAGGGCGUGGAGGACAUGAUCCGCCUGGGUGACCUGACGGAGGCCGGCCUGCUGAGGAACCUGCUGGUCCGCCACAAGGAGGGCAGCAUCUACACCUACACGGGCUCCAUCCUGGUGGCGGUGAACCCCUACAAGGUGCUGCCCAUCUACACGGCGGAGCAGGUGCACAUGUACACGGACCGGCGCCUCGGGGAACUGCCGCCCCACGUGUUCGCCAUCGCUGACAGCUGCUUCUUCAACAUGAGGCGCAGCCAGAAGAACCAGUGCUGCGUCAUCAGUGGGGAGUCAGGAGCAGGGAAGACGGAGAGCGCUAAGCUGAUGCUCCAGUACCUCGCCGCCGUCAGCGGACAGCGCUCCUGGAUCGAGCAGCAGAUCCUGGAGGCUAACCCCAUCCUGGAAGCUUUCGGGAACGCUAAGACCAUCCGCAACGACAACUCCAGCCGCUUUGGGAAGUACAUCGACAUCAACUUCAACACGCAGGGCGCCAUCGAGGGGGCCCGCAUCGAGCAGUACCUGCUGGAGAAGUCCCGCGUCUGCCGGCAGGCCCCGGAGGAAAGGAACUACCACAUCUUCUACUACAUGCUAGUGGGCAUGACGCCGCAGCAGAAGACUAAACUGUCCCUGGGGAACGCCAGCGACUACAACUACCUCACCAUGGGGAAGUGCACAACCUGUGAAGGGCGCGAUGACAUCACGGAGUACACCCACUUCCUGUCCGCCCUGAAGAUCCUGAUGUUCUCCGACAGCGACUCCUGGGAGAUCUCCAGACUCCUGGCCGCUAUCCUGCACCUCGGGAACGUCAAGUUCGAGGGCACCAGCGCGGAUAACCUGGAGGGCUGUGACAUCAUCGAGUCCACCCACUUCAACAUGGCGGCUAAACUGAUGGAGGUGAACGGCAAGGCGCUGGAGAAGAGCCUGACCCAGAGGUCCUUCCAGACCAACCGGGAGAGGGUCAUCACGUCCCUGAACUCGGAGCAGGCCCAGGACGGGAGGGACGCCUUCGUCAAGGCCAUCUACGGCCGGCUCUUCAUCUGGGUGGUGGACAAGAUCAACUCGGCCGUGUUCAAACCCCUGCCCGAGGACAGCGAGGAGGUCCACCAGUGCAUCGGCCUGCUGGACAUCUUCGGCUUCGAGAACUUUGUGAAGAACAGCUUCGAGCAGCUGUGCAUCAACUUUGCCAACGAGCAGCUGCAGCAGUUCUUUGUGCGGCACGUGUUCAAGCUGGAGCAGGAGGAGUACUCCCGGGAGGGCGUGGUGUGGACGCACAUCGAGUACAACGACAACCAGCGCACGCUGGACGUGCUGGCCAGCAAGCCGCUCAACAUCCUGGCACUCAUCGACGAGGAGAGCAGCUUCCCCAAGGGAACCGACCGCACCAUGAUGCAGAAGGUCAACAAGCAGCACGGGAAGGGAGACAUCUACAUGGCGCCCAAGAACGACCACGAGAAGCAGUUCGGGAUCCGCCACUUCGCGGGCGUGGUCUUCUACGACUCCCAGGGUUUCCUGGAGAAGAACCGCGACGCUCUCAGCGCCGACGUGAUCGAACUGGUCGAGACGUCCACCAACCAGCUCCUCAAACAGGCCUUCAAGACCGACCUGGCGCCUGGAACCGCACGGGGCGGGGGCAACUCUCGGAUGACCAUGACCACCCCCAAGAACUCUCUGAGGCUGGGGCCGGACGGUAAGAAGCGCUCCCCCACCCUGAUUGGUCAGUUCCGCAAGUCGCUGGAGGCCCUGAUGAAGGCGCUGGCCGCCUGCCAGCCGUACUUCAUCCGCUGCAUCAAGCCCAACGACCUGAAGCAGCCCGAGUUCUUCGACAGGGACCUGUGCAUGCGUCAGCUGCGCUACUCCGGGAUGAUGGAGACGAUAAAGAUCCGGAAGGCGGGCUUCCCCAUCCGCUACUCCUUCCAAGAGUUCCUGGAGCGCUUCCGCGUGCUGCUGAACACGGCGACCUGCGACCCCAAGACCGAGAGCACGGAUAAGUGCUGUGAGACGAUCUGUAAGACCUUCCUGUCCGGGGAGGGUCACUGGAGAAGGGGGCGGUCCAAGAUCUUCCUCAAGGACUUCCAUGACACGAUGCUGGAGCUGGAGAGGAUGAAGAAGCUGAACGAGAAGGCCCUGGUGAUCCAACGGGUCCUGAGGGGACUCAAGUACAGGAAGCAGUUCCUGAGGAAGAAGGCGGCUGCGCUGAUGAUCCAGAAGCACUGGAGAGGACACCAGGGCCGCAAGAUCUACCGAGUGGUCCAGAUCGGUCUGACCCGUCUGCAGGCCCGCGUGCGCUCUCGCCAGAUGCAGCACAAGUACCAGAAGAAGAGGGAGGCGGCCACCGUGCUCCAGGCCCGGGUCCGCGGCAUCAACGCCCGGAAGGAGUGGCGGCGCCAGAAGGCGGCGGUGGUGCUGCUGCAGGCCUACACCCGGGGGGCGCUGGCCCGCCGCGCCGUCAGGAAGAUGAAGACAGACGGGUUCCUCUCGGCUGCGGAGCGCCGGGCGGAGGAGCUGGCCUCCCUGGAGCGCCAGCGGCGUCUGAACGAGGCCCUGAGGAGGCAGCGCGAGGCAGACGCCAAGGCCCAGGACAACCCCCUCAGCGACCACGAGAUGGUCGACUACAUGUUCCAGUUCCUCCCCCCGGCCGGGGGUGACCAGGAGGGACAGGGCCCCGACGGCUUCAAGGACCUGGAGCAGCGGCGGAUGGUCCCUGAGACGGUGGACCUGGACGAGCUGCCCAUGGAGGAGCAGGAGCUCUCGUCGGACGAGGAGGACGACCUGGACGAGUACUCCUUCUCCAAGUUCGCCUCCAUGUCCUUCCAGGGCGCGGCCACGGCCACGCACGUCCGCCACCGCCUGGCCCAGCCGCUGAUCCACCACGAGGACGAGGGAGACGUACAGGCCUCCCUGACGGUGUGGUGGAUCAUCCUGAGGUUCAUGGGGGACCUCCCGGAGCCCAAGCAGAGGGUAAACCCCCUGGCCCCGGGGGGCGCGGGCUCCAGGGGGGCCAACGCCCUGCCCCAAGACCUGGCCUCAAGGAACGACCGGCGCCUCAGUCACAUGGUGGGCCUGGACCAGCGAGUGUUGAGGGGUAAGAAGGACGGAAAGCCCUCGCCCGUCGCCGAGGAGUCGUCGGCGGCGGCCGGCCGGAAGACCUCCAUCUUCACCGACAUGAUGUCCCGGAACAGGAAGGCCUCCACGGCCCCCAGCGAGGUGGUCACCGGCGGGAAGGUCUCGGAGGGCGUGCCCCGCGUCAGGAAGGGCUCCAUGUUCACCGACCUGAUGACGCGCAACAAGAAGGUCGGCGCCAUCCCGGAGAACAUGGUCGCGGACGCGACCGACGGCGCCGCCCAGUCAGAGGGGUCGGACAGCAGCGUGGCCCUGUCCAAUGAAAUGAUGGCGGUGGAUUCGACCUCACUGGAACGACCAAUGACGGCCCUCGAGAAGCUCCACAUCAUCGUGGGAUACGCCAUCGUCCGCCGGGACCUCAGGGAUGAGAUCUACUGCCAGAUCUGCAAACAGCUGGAGGGGAACAACAACAAGAACAGCUACUACCGAGGAUGGAUCCUCCUGUCCCUCUGCCUGGGCAUCUUCCCCCCCACCGAAAAAUUCAUCAAGUACCUGCAGAGCUUCAUCCGCUCCGGGCCGGGCGGCUACGGGCCGUAUUGCGUCGAGCGCCUGAAACGGACCGCCUCGAAUGGGGUCCGCGGGGAGCCCCCCAGCUGGCUGGAGCUCCAGGCAACCAAGACCAAGAAGCGCAUGACGGUGACUCUGACCCUGAUGGACGGCCGCACCAUCAGCGUGCCCGUGGACUCCGCCUCCACCUCCGGUGAGAUCUGCCAGAUGUUGUCCCAGAAGGUCCAGCUGAAGGACUCGUUUGGCUUCUCGGUGUAUGUGGCUCUCUACGAGAAGGUGUGGGCACUGGGCAGUGGCCGGGAGCACGUGAUGGACGCCAUCUCUCAGUGCGAGCAGGAAGUGAGGCGUAAGGGCGGGCAGGAGCAGCACGCGCCCUGGCGCCUCUACUUCCGCAAGGAGGUGUUCGCGCCGUGGCACAACUGCAAAGACGACGCCGUCAGCACGGAGCUCAUCUACCGGCAGGUCAUCCGCGGCCUCAAGUUUGGAGAGUACCAGUGCAGGAAGGAGGAUGACUACGUGGAGCUGACCACCAAGCACCUGUACAUCCAGCACGGCCGGGCCGGUGCGGCGGAGCAGGUGAAGGCCGCCGUCCAGGACGCCAUCAGCAGCUCCCUGCUGGAGGCCAAGCCCGAGGACAAGUGGAUCCAGAUGGUCAACACCGCCCACACCCAGGGCUUGUAUAAGGCUGGGGAUGAGAAUGCCAUGAAGACCGAUGUGGUGGAGUACGCCCGCAAGAACUGGCCCAUGUUCUUCUCCAGGUUCUUCGAGGUGGUCAAGGUCUCGGGCCCGGCGCUGGCUAAGAGCCGCUUCAUCGUGGCCAUCAACUGGACGGGGAUCACCUUCCUGGACGAGAGGGAGCGGCGGCUGGUGGAGCUGAGCUACCCCGAGGUCACCGGGGUCAACACCGUCAGGGACCCUAAGUCGUCGGCCCAGUCGGUGUGCCUGCUGACGCUGCGCGGGGACUUCACGCUGAGCGGGGCGAUGACGGAGGACCUGGCCGCCCUGGUGCUGGUGUUCCUGGCCGGGCUCCGGGAGCGCUCCCAGUACGGCGUCGCCCUGAAGGACGCCAGCAGCCCCGACGACGCGACGCUGCUGAGCUUCAAGAAGGGCGAGCUCCUGGAGCUGCUGAAGGACAAGGAGUUCUCCCUGGAGCGCGGCUGGCUGAAGGCCCGCAACGACCGCACGGGCAAGAGCGGCGCCGUCCCUGCCGAGGCCCUCCUCAUCCUGCCCACGCUCAGCAAGCCCACCAACCAAGUCAUGAACUUGCUGAACCUGUCUCCAGACCAGAGGAAGAGUGCGAUCCAGCAGACGGGCACCACAGAGAAGGUCACCCUCACCUCCCUGAAGGAGUUCUCCAUCGAGUACUUCAGGCAGCCCACCAAGGACGUGAACCGCCAGGUGAUGUCUAAGAACGCGGGCCCGGAGCGCCUGUGGGUCCACUCCCGGGAGCCGCUGAGGCUGCCCCUCCUCCGCAGGCUGGCCAACAACGCGGACCACAGCACCAAGGCCUGCCUGGCCUUCACCUCGAUCCUCAAGUACAUGGGUGACUACCCCACCAAGCAGAGCCAGAGCUCCCUGGAGCUCACCGACCAGAUCUUUGGAGCGGCCACCCAGAACGAAGCGCUCCGGGACGAGAUCUACUGCCAGAUCAUGAAGCAGAUGACCAGCAACAACAACCGGUUCAGCCUGGAGCAGGGCUGGCAGCUGCUGUGGCUGUGCUGCGGCCUGUUCCCCCCCGGACCCCAGCUCUCCAAACACGCCCAGCGCUUCCUGGAGUCCCGCGAGCGACAGCCGCUGGCCGCCGACUGUCUGAAGAGGCUGCAGAGCUCCCGAAGGACGGAUCCCAGGAAGCUACCCCCCCACCAGGUGGAGGUGGAGGCCAUCCAGCAGAACAGCAUUCAGAUCUUCCACAAGAUCCACUUCCCCAACGACACCGAGGAUGUCAUGGAGGUGGCGACCAGCACCCGGGUCCGGGACCUGGUCCAGAGCAUCUCCGAGAAGCUGGGCCUGAUCUCUGCCGACGGCUUCAGCGUCUUCGUCAAGACCCCCGACACGGUCCUCAGUCUGAACGAGGCGGACUACUUCUUCGACAGCCUGAGGCAGAUCACGGACUGGAGCAAGAACGCCAAGCGUGUGAACGAGGUUGGGGGUCCGGUCUCCGUCUCCUACAUGGUGUUCUUCAUGAGGAAGCUGUGGUACAACGUGAUCCCGGGUCGUGACCUUGAGGCCGACCUCAUCUUCCACUACCCUCAGGAGCUGCCCAAGUACAUGCGGGGGUACCACGUGGUCACCAAGGAGGAGAUGGUCCACAUCGGAGCACUGCUCUUCAGGAUCAAGACGGGAGGAGACUCCAAGCAGCUGGCCGUCCUACCCAAGCUGCUGAAGGAGAUCCUGCCCGCCGACCAGAUCAAGGCCUUCUCGGAGAACGAGUGGAAGAAGACUAUCUCCGCUGCCUACAACAAGCAGGCGGAGAUGACGUCUGAGGAGGCCAUGCUGGAGUUCCUGAAGGCCGUCUACCGCUGGCAGACGUUCGGCGCCGCCUUCUUUGACGUCAAGCAAACGUCGGACAGGACCUUCCCCGACAUCGUGAGGAUCGCCAUCAGCAAGACGGGCGUGGCCAUCAUCCACCCCAAGACCAAGGAGGUCCUGGCCACGCACGCCUUCAACCGCAUCGCCAGCUGGUGCAGCGGCAGCACCUACUUCCACAUGACGCUGGGCAGCCUGGUGCAGGGCAGCAAGUUCCUGUGUGAGACCUCCCUGGGCUACAAGAUGGACGACCUCAUCGGCUCCUACGUCAACAUGUAUCUGAGGGAGCAGAAGGCCGGCCAGAGACAGCAGCGCUUCAACAUGUGAACCCCGAGUUCACUUCCUGAUUCCGUAGCCAAUCAACGAGCCCGACCGCCACUCCACGUCGGAGCUCUGUGUUGACACUUUGAAAUGAGACACAAACCGAGAUUAGGAUUCUUCUUCUUUAAGUUCAAUUGUUUUACCUUUUAAAUGAAACUAAUUUCAAAAAGAGAUGAUAGAUGUUCAUGGUGAUAUUAAUAUAGUGAUGUUUUUAAUGGAUGUUGUCUUUAAACAAGGGGCGCCUUUUACAAGGAAUUAAAUCUUUUAAGGCAUUUUGACUCUUCAUGUUAAACUUUAUUUUUUUGUUUUUGUUCUUGCACGAGAAAACAGAUCUAUUGUCCGGGGAAUCAUCUCUGUGGCUGAAAUUGACCAAUAAAACGUUUUCCCAGAGAGAAGGCUGUCUGUG